GGGCGAUCCCUGUAGACACCACCUCACUGUGGGGUAGGGGGCGCCAGGCCAGGCCCCUCCGAUCCUGGCAGGUGCGCCCCGCCUGCCGUGUGCUUUGCUGCUGGCGUCCUGGGGGGCGGGCUCCUGAGGCCCCGCCCAGGUCUCGGAGCCAAUUGACAUCCGGAGGCGGGCGGGGCAGACGCGGGCGGCGGCGCAGAGAGCAGUUCGGGUGGAGGGCGCGGACCUACCGAGCACAGGGACCAUGGCCUCCAAGUGUCCCAAGUGUGACAAGACCGUGUACUUCGCCGAGAAGGUGAGCUCCCUGGGCAAGGACUGGCACAAGUUCUGUCUCAAAUGCGAGCGCUGCAACAAGACACUGACCCCGGGGGCCCACGCUGAGCAUGAUGGGAAGCCCUUCUGCCACAAGCCCUGCUAUGCCACACUGUUUGGACCCAAAGGCGUGAAUAUAGGGGGUGCUGGUUCCUACAUCUAUGAGAAGCCCCUGGCUGAGGGCCCUCAGGUCACUGGCCCCAUCGAGGUCCCUGUGGUGCGAACAGAGGAGAGGAAGACCAGCGGACCGCCCAAAGGUCCCAGCAAAGCCUCUAGUGUCACUACAUUUACGGGGGAACCCAACAUGUGUCCUCGAUGCAACAAAAGGGUGUACUUUGCCGAGAAGGUGACCUCUCUGGGCAAGGAUUGGCACCGGCCCUGCUUGCGCUGUGAGCGCUGCUCCAAGACGCUGACUCCCGGUGGGCAUGCUGAGCAUGACGGCCAGCCCUACUGCCACAAGCCUUGCUAUGGAAUUCUCUUUGGACCCAAGGGAGUGAAUACCGGUGCUGUGGGCAGCUAUAUCUAUGACAAGGACCCUGAAGGCACAGUUCAGCCUUAGAUCUGCAAAUGCUGUCCUCAGGAUCCCUUACUUGGCCCUGAGGGAAAGUGACCUGCUGCCUAGUCCUGCCUCAGUGUGUCUUGCCUGCAAACCCCAGGUCCUAAGUGGUGGAGGAGGAAGCCUCCUGGGUAGUCUCCAGAAUAGCCCAGAAUUUCAGCCCUAUUUCUUUGUUACCUCGGCAUGUCCUAUGCUACCCACUGUCCCCUUUGUGUCUGUGCGCCUCCAUAGUCCAUGUGUCCUGUGUCCCUGUGCCCAGUAUUCUCUCUGUCCGUGUCCCCAUGUCCCUGAUAGCUCUCCGAGGUGGCUAUCCUAUGCUAUCCCUAUGCCCACACCUGCCCACCAGUAUUAUUUAUGCUCUGCUUGCCGGUGAUGGCAUGAGCUCACAGCAUUCCCGGGGUGGCAGCACCUCUGCAAGGAGCCCGCUGCUGGUUCCCACACUGUUCCCUACCUACCCCUCACGUGGUUCACAGCUACGGAGACCUUUGCUGUCAAUAAAUGGUUUGGUUUGAGGAU